AUGCGAUGUUUUCCGACGAAAAUCCUCGGAUACUUUCCUGCUCAGGUCGACGGCGUCCGUAGAGACGAGAUUCCCGGGCAUCCCCGGUACAAGAGAGCAGUAAGAAGGGGGCAUGAAACGGCCAGGGGACUCGGACAACUCAUCGGCUCUGCUGGCAACAAGAAGACCAAGGUCACCGUCACGCCCAAUGGUAUUGUUGGGGGUUAUCCUUUGGUCUAUCACGAAUGGGCCACAAAGAGAAUUGCCUUCUUCGUCGAGACCAGGUUCGACUUUCCAAGUUCUCUGACACCACCGAGCCUCGUGUCAUCUACGCAAUGGCUGCACUUCGCUGGACUAUCGUCGAAGGCUGCGCUUCAAGGUUUUCUGACUUCGAGCUUGCGCAGUGUCACUAUUCUAUCGGGAAUCUGUCUGUUUUCGGGCAAGGCUAUGACCACGGCUACCAAAGACGUGCCAACUAUCAACCUCCAAAAUGAGGAUUGCAACGGAGCUACGCUCUACGAGCUCGAGUACAUUGCCCGUAGUGCCCCGGCCAUUGCAGAUCUUGCCAUCGCCUCCCGACCCGCGGCGGAGCGUACUGACCAUAAUGACGGCGACAAAGUCUGCCAGCAGCCCCAGAUCUGCUUGGACAUUCCCAGUUUUCAUUACUACCAGACCAUCGACGAUCUACUGCGGUCUGGUCGUUGUUCAUUCGCUGAGGCCCUGCGUUGGCUCUGUGCCAUAGAGACGCACCAUCAUCAGAUCUCGCACAUCUUCCGUUGUUAUCUCCGCGUCGAGCUGCUGCGCCGAGACCCAUCCAUCAAAUCGUGCUUCAUCAGCGUCACCCCGGGUGGUGAGCGAAUUCUCUCAAGCAUCCGCGAAUCACUCGUGAAGCGUACGCUUCCAUCAGUGCGACAAGCCAUCGACGAUCUCAGUGUCCACGAACCAGCCUGGACAAGGUUUCUGCAAUUUGUGCCCGACGAGGAAAAACCAAAGGAUUUCAGAUCACUGGGCCAGAUGUUCUAUGUGUACCAGGUGGUACGGCACGCCUUGGGUGAAGAGUCAACACAACCGGACCUGUUGAUUAGUGUCGAGGACAGCGCCGAGCGCGGCGUGUAUUCUCGAGCCCAGAAGCUUCUCAAAAGAAUACGAGAAUCUACAUGCGCUGCGACGCCUGUAUUACUGGAGACGUAUCUCUGCCCGCGUGUCUUCGUUGACAACAACGCAAAUGGAGAUGAGCUGUAUUCUCACGACCCGUAUCCGGGGUCAGUGUACGAGAAGUACAACUCAAAGGAUCAUGGGCCGGUUCUUGGCAGUUCAAGGACUUCCCCCGGGCUGGACUGUUCUAGUAGUCGAACCGAUAGCGCCCUGGAGACUGAUCGGACGCUGUUGGAGCUGGACGCUUUGGAAGUAAUCGAGAGAUUGUAUGGCGAGAGAUCGGCUACGCUGCUGCGGGAACUAGGUGCAGAGGUAGGCCUCUUUGACGUGCCAAUGCAGCCCUAG